AUGAGUUGCAGUGGAUGCCGAGUUCUCAGAAAGGGAUGCAGUGAGAACUGUAUUCUAAGGCCUUGUUUGGAGUGGAUUGAAACUAGUGAUGCCCAAAGCAACGCCACUGUUUUUGUAGCCAAGUUCUUCGGCCGUGCUGGCCUUAUGUCAUCUAUUUCCUCUGUCCCCGAUAACCAAAGGCCAGAUGUUUUUCAGUCGUUGUUAUUUGAAGCUGCUGGAAGAACAGUAAAUCCGGUGAAUGGAGCUUUGGGACUUUUAUGGACGGGAAACUGGCACGUCUGUCAGGCUGCAGUGGAGACCGUCCUACAAGGCGGCGUACUGCGGCCGAUCCCAGAGUUUCUCAGUGACUCAUCAUCGGAGCAUGAUAAUAUCUCAGAGUGCACCGACAUGUUCAAGCUCCAGCAAUCCAAGCUAAAUUCCCCGCCAAAGGUGCAAAAGCGCCGCCGCGGCUUGCCGGAUGAACCUUCUAAGAUUAUGCAAUUAACUGAUCUUGAUCUCAGCUUAAUGCCUAAUUUUCAGAGUGAAAAAGGAAUCCCUACACAGGAAACUGAUCGGCGACUUGGGAGCCCAUCAAUGAAUUCUGAAGAAUCUGUGAUAACUACUUUUGGAGACCAGCAAUCUCACGAAACAAAGCUUCUCAACUUGUUCAAUUAG